AGGAGCGACAGCGAGAGCAGCUCAGGCGGCCGCCGCGACCUCCUCCUCGCCUCCGUUCUCCGAUCGAUACCUCCCGUUCGGCCCGCCUGGAUGCUGUCCUGACCCCGGAUUCCGCCGAUUCGAUCCGCGGCGACCAAGGGCGGUGCUUCUUUCGCCGGAAUUGGCCCCGGAUUCGCGCCAUGACGUCGUCGCCGUUGGUGCUUACUGUUCUGCUGUUCGCGUCGCUGACGGGGCUGCUCGUUCUUGCCCCGCGGUCGUCGUCGCCGAUGACGCCGGCGAAGGAGGAGGAGGCGGUGGUGGUGGUGGGCGAUGGGAAGGGGGGUGGUGAUGGCGGGGAGGAUGAUGAUCUUGCGCUGCUCCGGCGGGCGACGCUGGAUGCUGGGGAAGGCGCGGCGAUGGCGAUGGCGCCGGCGGGGCCCAAGGUGGCGUUUAUGUUCCUCACCAACUCGGACCUCACGUUCGCGCCGCUGUGGGAGCGGUUCUUUGAGGGCCAUGGCGAGAGGAUAAACGUGUACGUCCACGCCGACCCGGCGGCGGAGCUGCGGCUGCCGCCGACGAAGUCGUUCCGGGGGCGGUUCGUGGCGGCGAGGCCGACGAAGCGCGCCGACGCGACGCUCAUCGCCGCGGCCCGGCGCCUGCUCGCCGCGGCGCUGGUCGACGACGCGGCGAACGCCUACUUCGCGCUGCUGUCGCAGCACUGCGUCCCGGUCCACUCCUUCCCGCGGCUCUACGCGUCGCUCUUCCCGCCCCAGGCGGCGCACCACCACCGCCUCCCGAGCUACAUCGAGGUGCUCUCCGGCGAGCCGCAGAUGCAGUCGCGCUACGCGGCGCGCGGCGACGACGCCAUGCUCCCCGAGGUCCCGUUCGACCGGUUCCGCGUCGGCUCCCAGUUCUUCACGCUCGCGCGCCGCCACGCCGUGCUCGUCGUCCGGGAGCGCCGCCUCUGGCGCAAGUUCCGGCAGCCGUGCCUCAACCCGGACUCCUGCUACCCGGAGGAGCACUACUUCCCGACGCUGCUCGACAUGGCCGACCCCGCCGGCGUCGCGCGGUACACGCUCACCCACGUCAACUGGACCGGCAGCGUGCACGGCCACCCGCACAAGUACACCGCCGACGAGGUGUCGGCCGAGCUCGUCGCCGACCUCCGCCGCUCCAAGAACGCCACCUACGACUACAUGUUCGCGCGCAAGUUCUCGCCGGAAUGCCUCGGCCCACUCAUGGACAUCGCCGACACCGUCCUCUUCAACGAUUGACGCCGCAGUGUCCUCCUCUGCGCCAUUGCUGCUCGUCCAAGGAGUUGAUUUUGCAGCAGCAGUGGCCUUACUUUUAUUUCUCUCAAGCGAGCCUCUGUGCUGCAACUUCAGAAGUUUCAGAGUUUCAGAGUUCUUGUCCUGAUGAACUUGGGUGUACACAACUGUAGAUUAGAGAAGAAAAAAAUCAGAAAGCGACAACCUAAUGCGAAGCGGCAGGUUGUUGCAUGCAUCAUCAACUCAUCAGAAAAUAUGAUGAUCUCAUGAUCCAUCUAUAUAUGUAUCAUCCAAUGCAUUUUGUCUAGAGCUAAGCAGCCUAAGGCUGCAUGCCUGAAUAAUGCAUUAGCUGAUGGAAGUGUCAAUUAGUACGUGUUCAGUGCACUGUAAUAAACCUCUCUUGGAAAGCUGCUGCUACUACUACUACUUUUGCAGCAUUUGUGCAUAAGAAUCAAGCAAUUAUCUGCAAGUUUUGUCCCAAGCUUCCUGUGACGAAAUUUCGUAUAAUAAGGUGAAAUAGCAGAAGCAGCUGGAGAAGAGUAGCAUCUGGAUGAACAGGUGAGCAAAAAAAGUGCACAGUAAGCAAAUGCAUGUGUGUGGGUGUGGUUUUGGGGUGCAGUGCAGACGGUGAGUUGACCCCG